ACCACCCUCUCUCUCUCUUAAACCUUUUGGAAGUUUGAUUUGGGUGAAUGAUAUGGGUCAUAGUGCAGGUUUUGUGAGAUGGUGGAUGGUGUUGUUAUUGGGCCUAGGCCUAUGCCAUUUUCCCUCGACCAAAGCGAGCCACAAGAAUGCUUACGCGACCAUGAUGUACAUGGGAACGCCCAGAGACUACGAAUUCUACGUUGCUGUUCGUGUUCUCCUUAAAUCCCUUUCCAAACUUAACGUCCAUGCUGAUCUCCUCGUCAUUGCUUCCAUUGAUGUCCCUCUCCCAUGGAUUCAAGCUUUGGAAGAGGAAGAUGGUGCAAAAGUGGUAAGGGUGGAAAACAUGGAGAAUCCGUACAGACACCAAGAUAAUUUUGACAAGAGAUUUAAGUUAUCAUUGAACAAACUGUAUGCGUGGAGCUUAGUGGACUAUGACAGGGUAGUGAUGUUGGACGCUGACAAUCUCUUCCUUCAAAACACGGAUGAGUUAUUUCAAUGUGGACAAUUUUGUGCGGUAUUUAUCAAUCCGUGCAUCUUCCAUACUGGCCUCUUCGUCUUGCAGCCAUCAAUGGAUGUGUUCAAGGACAUGGUUCAUGAAUUGGAGAAUGGGAGGGAAAAUCCAGAUGGUGCAGACCAGGGUUUUAUAGUUAGCUACUUCCCCAAGUUGCUUGAUAAACCAAUGUUUCAUCCACCUCCUAAUGGCACCAAGCUCGAUGGAUCAUAUAGGCUUCCUUUGGGUUAUCAGAUGGAUGCUUCUUACUACUAUCUUAAACUACGCUGGAGCGUACCAUGUUUACCAAAUAGUGUGAUCACAUUCCCAGGGGCACCAUGGUUGAAGCCAUGGUAUUGGUGGUCGUGGCCUGUCCUGCCAUUAGGUCUCCAAUGGCAUGAACGACGUCGUCAAACUUUGGGAUAUGGUGCUGAGAUGGCUGUGAUACUUCUCCAAUCCGCAAUAUAUCUGGGAGUAAUAGCAAUGACGCGUUUGGCAAGGCCAAGCUUCUCAAAGCUAUGUUAUAGGCGCUCUGAUAAGAGCAUGAACCUUGUGCAUAACAGCCUCAAAGUUAUAGCAUUGUGGUGCAUCCUCGCUGCUUACGCAACACCCUUCUUUAUCAUUCCUCACACGGUCCACCCUCUUCUGGGGUGGAUCCUGUAUUUGCUUGGUGCUUUUGCACUUUGUUCAAUUGUAAUUAAUGUCUUUCUGCUACCAAUUUUGCCGGUUUUGGUACCGUGGCUUGGAAUUGUAGGGGCCCUUAUGGUCAUGGCAUUUCCUUGGUACCCUGAUGGCGUAGUGAGAGCGCUGUGCGUAUUUGGUUAUGCCUUCUGUUCUGCACCAUUUUUGUGGGCCUCUAUGGUGAGAAUAGUAGCAGGUCUUCAGUUAUCUCUAGAAAGGGAAGCUUUUUUUUCAACAAGAUUGGGAGAAUCUUCGCCAAAUUCUUGGUUUAACAAGUUAUAUUGACUUGUCCAGUUAGGCACAAUACAAGGCUGGGAUGGGGCAAAGAAGGAUCUUCUUGGCAAGCUCAGCAAAAAUAGGAGAGAGCGUGAUACAUUAAAUACCAAACGCGCCGUUAGAAUUCACAAUGAAAUGGUCCAACUCAAAAUUAGCUUAAGACUUGACUAGUUAAUUAAUUUAUUGAGGUUGGUCCAUGAACUAGAUGAAUCUAACUUGAAUUGAAAAUUAAACUCAUUAAUUGCAUGAGAUAAUAUUGAGUCAAUGUAUAGUUAGAUUUAUUUGGUUAAUAUAUGUAUGCA